UGCGAUUAUACCCUGCCACGUGAACGAUGCCAUUUCAAUUGCUUUUUCUCCGUGUCAUGAGCUCAGCUUAACGACGGAUUAAUUUGAUUCCCACCCCGCGAAGGUAUGUACAUUUGUGAAGAUGUCUCUUUUACGACAGCGCAAAAGCAAUAUAUGAUUCUGUUUUUUUCCUAAACUAAAACAAGCCAUUCAGCCUGCCACGACUUCAGCGUCAGCCUUGAUUUAUCGUAGUAUGUGUGCUUCAUCUUUUCGACUUUACUGCGCUUUGGUAACAGCAUUUCACCGUCUCGCUCUGUUCCCGAGGAGCAUCAGCGGUAGUUCUUUGAGAUUACGAAAAAAUGCCGGCCAUCCGUCCGAGCAGAAGAAACCUAUACCCAGGUCGUUGUCCUUUUUGUCCUCGAAUAAACGCACGUCAAAUCGCAACCGACCGCACCAGGACAAACCUCGGGGGCGGGCCCUACUAGAGCAUAAGGAAAAUAUUAAGGGGCCGCUCGACGAUGUGGCUAGGUUUUUUGGAUUGCACGGAGGAGAAGACGAAAACUUCAAGCGCAAGCCUUGGAAGGUGUCCCAAAUCGCCUGGGGAGAGCCCGGUGACGCGACGUGUCCCCCCGGGUCGGAUAUGCAUUGCAAAUAUGUCUGGGUCUGGAAUGUUGCCGGGUUUGUUAUGCAUGUUUUGCAUGACCCAGGAUGUCUGUAGUGCACGAUCUAGCAUCACAGAUUUUUAGAGGGCUUCCUGAUGCCUACUUCGCAUGACAAAUGCCUUCCCCGCGUAGCACAAACUAGACUCCUCUUGCUGGUCUUGCAAUACAGAUUUUUUCAGAGUCCAAUGUUAGCAUCACAAGUUCCAACCUUCCAGACCCAGACACUUUUGCAUUUGAUAUCGGAACCGCUGGACGAGCGGUCGUGCGGGGAUGCAGUGUACCUGAUGCUCGACCACCUUAUCAAAGUGAAAAAUCCCCCCUCCCCAAUUGAAACGAAGUUUGUGAUGCUGGACUUCCGUACACAAAUCAGAUUUGUCUUGCUGGAGAGGACUGCGGGCCCAUAUCAAACCUGAGUAGGGAGAUUUUGGUCUACACAUUUAGCAUGAGAAGCGUCCGUGCUGUAGGCUCAGCAGCAUCACAAACCGCCUGCAUAGCGCGGCGGAACCUGUGGGGCUGCCUGCUUGCGAGACAGAGAUGAUGAUGAUGAUGUUACCCAGUAAAGGGUUUAGGGUGUUGAAGAACUAAAAUAUUCCUCAGCGUCGUGCUGCUCCUCAGGACGUUCUCCUUCGUCGCAACGUCUGCGGCCACGUUUCUUCAACUUGCGCCGUGCCUGGUGCGAUCUCAUCGCCCCCACAAUCCAUCCCAGUUUGCGCAGCGGCUGUCCUUCGUCGGGGGUGUGAAAUGUGGCGUCGUCGUGUUGAAGCUCGUACUUGUACACCUUGCAGUGCGGGCGCCGGAUAUGCUGCGCCCCCGCUCGGUCCGUGUAGAGGGAUUCACGGGGCAGAUGGUAAGCCCACGCCGAGGCACCGCCUCCGUAGGUGUACUUCGCUUCCGUCCUGUUCCAGCCAUGAUUUGUGGUCGCAAAUCAGCAUCACAUGCCUUUUCGAUAUGGGGAGGGGGAAUUUUUCCUCGUGAUACACCUGCAGCUUUCGCACCAACGCUGGCCGGUGAUCUCCUCCCGGGACUUCGUGGGACGUGGCCCCGAUUCUGCGGGGUAUUGGCGCGGGGAGUUGGGGUGGGAAAACCGCUGCGCUGGGGAUGGAGAAAGGCGUUGCGGGGUGCAUAACAAGAACUUGCCGUUCUACGGCGAGAAGCUGUGGGGCUUCCAUAAUUUGCCUGUGGGCUGCAGCGUACAGAGCACGGGGCGGGACCCGGAGGUGGACGUGCCGGGGACGCACGUGUGCGGCCCGUUAGAUCACCAGUGGAGAAUAUCCCACAGAAUAAAGAGACAGGCAGGCCAUAAGUAUUUGUGAUGCAAAAAAGGAAAAAAUGAAAGUAUCAUCUCUCUGGCGUGUCAGAAGCAGCAUAGGGACGACGCCCAUGACAGAUCUUUCUGUUUAAAGUAAUUUGUUUCUGCACGGUAAACAUCAAGUAUGCCAGGCCUGCUCUAUUUCUGCGGGAUAGAGGAUGCCGCAUUAUCGCGACCCGAGUUACCGGGUGCCGCCGGACUGGUACCAGGUACCGGAAGAGGAGAUGCACCUUGAUAGUGAAAUGCUCCUUCAAUUUCAAGGUGUGAGAAGAGAAAGCGACGCUUGCCGCGAAUGGCGCAGUGCCUAUAUCCCGGUUUGCCGCCGAUUGGAGGACAUAAACGACAGUGUUUCAGAGGACGAGAUUGCGGAUCUUCCAGCUUCCUGGACCACGCCUCCAGUCGCGCCGCAGACGAUAGACGAACUAGCUUGGGGCGAGCCGGGGGACGCCGACUGCCCGCAAGGGUCACACCCCCUGGAAGAGUCGUCUUGCGCGGUGGCCGUUGCGCUGCUACGCGAAUACCAUGAUUGGACAACGAAUAUUCCCGGGCGCGUGCCGGCAGGAUAUACCGCGACCCCGAGGUUCCACACGACUAGCGAUCUGACGUGGCCGGAACUCAGUAAAGAGGCUAGCAUUAACAACCAACAGGACGGUCGGUACAAUUUUAACGGCACUUCGUGUUCGAACGUCACCGCCGGUUUUAACGCUUUUAUCCUACCUCACCUCGGAAUCGAGUUUGCGCUUAGCGAUAGCGAAAUUGCGCGGGUGAUAAACAGCGCCUGCCCGGUAAACGUGAACGUGCCGUUCAAUCCCGGCAGCACUCUAAUUGUGUCACUCCCGGAAAGCCUCAGUAAGCUGCCGAAUCCACACGAGCUGUAUGACAUGUAUCGGGCUCGGCAUAAAAACUGGACAAAUGCUGAACCGUGGAUGAAGUUAGCGGAUGCCACAACUGGGUGGCAGAAGCAAUGGGAUUGGUAUAAUGUUCCCCUGGGUUGCAGCAUCCAGUCCUCGGGCCGGGAGGUGGAACAGCAGACGCCGGACUCGCACCCCUGCGGAGCUAGCUUCACCCCGAAUCGCGAGGCGCACUGGCGAGACGGCGAGGUUCCCUCGGACUGGCACGAGCCAAACGGUGCCUGUCGCGCGUGGCGCAGCAUCUACAUGCCGGUUUGCCGCCGCGACCGGCCGGACUCGUGGACGCCACCGGAAAAGCCCGCGGCGGUUACCUGCCCCCGCGGGAGCCGUCUGCUCGACUACAAGGGGACCGUCCGCGGCGCCGACAUUGUAGGAUGCGGGAUCGAGGACUGCGACGCACGCACGCUGAGCUCGCAGGCAGCGACAACACAGGACUGCUACAAUCUCUGCCGUAGAAUGCAGCCCUUGUGCCAGGCCUUUGAGUGGGCUGAUGUCGGGUGGAGCGAGAAGACGCCGAACCGCACCAAUUGCGAGUUGCACGGCGAGGCAGAGCCAAACGGCCUGCAGCACGGGGUCGACGGCCACUUCCACCAGAUUGUGUGCGGACUCGAGGAAGUGCAGUCGCCUCAGGUCGUGCCGAAGGGACCGGAGGUUCUCGGCACUAUUGCAGCGGACGCCGCAGCUACGGACGGUGCGCGGGUUCCCGCGUCAGAGGUGGCGCGUGAUCGGACAGCAGCAGCUGUAGCGGAGCAAGAGCCGAACUCUCCGGCUUCCUCAGAGCCUCCGCCCUACGUGCACCCGACGUGGCCACCUACUGCCGUAGUUCCUUCAGCGAAACCAAAGGGGCCGUCCAGCGACUAUGGACUGCAACUGACAGCGAAGCAACAAGGAUCCGCUACUAACAGUACUUCUACUUCGGCGAGGACAGCACGCGAAGCGUCGACGAGCCAUAACCACACAAUUAUUUUCACCGACGAUCAUACACUCCAUGCGCAUACCUCCGAAGCGAUAGAAGCUGCAACGGAACCGCCCGAAAACGAAAAGAGCACGAACGCAUCAGUCAAGGGGCAGGAAACCGAGGACGCUGCCCAACGUGGCGGGGUAAUCAUGCAGAGCAGCAGAACUUCUGGCACGGCAGCUGCGGGUGCUCGGAAUAGCACUGGGGAAGUCAGCGGUCGUUUGCCGGAAGGAGCCAUCAAAUCACAGUCAGAAGAAUUAGACACGCCGGACCAGGACGCAGUCCCAGCUGCGGCCGGGCGCGUUGCCACAAUUUGUGGCUGCUCCGCCACCUUCGUUUUUGCAACAUCGCUCCUGAGUGUCAUUAUCCUUUGUCUGGGCGUCGCGUUUUGCUUCGUAUUUCUCUCCAAGCAGGACAUGGCGACGGAGCUGCAGGACCAGCGGGCGCGACACUUUGCAAACCAGUUCGACUACGACCCGCAGCGGCAAUUUGAUAAGUUUGGCGAUUCGAAUGCCGCAUUGCAGGGGCGAUCGCUGAACUCGUACGAUGUGAGUGUGGCAGCUGCGGGUCCUAGCGGCGUGGCAAGAUCAGCCAUAGCAACGGGGGUUGAAGUCCCGCCAUCGCACCUCAACAGCCCUGGGUCGAUCUACCCGGACUUCAUGGCGCAGCCGGGUAGUACAACAGCAGACAUGACUUCUAAGCGCAAGAGCAGCUCUCCAGGGCGGGAUCUUCCGCCUGCCGCCAGCGGCCUUGCUGCGACCUCCCGAACAAGUGAGGGACCAGUUCAUACAACUCUUAUGGUACCUGCGCCGCCGGUACCUCAGUCGACGAAGACUGGCCUUCUAGUGCCAAGCGCUGAUUUUGGAUCGGGCGAAAGCCAGGGAAACGCGAACGCCGAUAGUCUUGACGAAGAUGUAGAAGCUGCCGACCGCCGGCGGGCAGGCGAGAAUGGGAGCAGCGAAGAAUCAGUCAGUGACGAGGAUUUUUGAAUUAUCGAUACAGCUUGUCAUUCAAACCACAAUUAGAAAUCGCAAAUACUACUAAUUAAAGCGCAGCUUUUCUUGCUAAUUUGUCCUCCACUUUUGCGGCGCCAGUCUUCGAUAUGAAAUCAAACUUGUUUCAUGUUUCGUAUCUCUCUGGUAACAUUUAUUUUUCACUUGCGCACUGGCACGCAGCUAGCAUUCUACCUCCGGAAGUGCCACAGCCUUCCUUUGUGUUUCUUCGCUUAUUGCCCAGUGAGGCGUAGAAUGAGGGAAGGGAAAAGUCGGAAGAAGAGCUUCGUUCUACGAAACCAAGUGCGACGUGUGUGCGAUGAAGAGAGAAAAAGAGAGUAAUACGUGCAGGUCCGAACAAGAU